AUGACUCAAGAUGUUAUGCGUGGAAGAAUCAUGGUCAUCGACUGUGCCACCCAGAUGAUUCUAUCUUUACCACCGCACAGCAAUUACAUAUGUCUGAGCUAUGUCUGGGGCACCGACCACUUACCCACACCCGAAGAAUCUGCCCUAUUGAAAGAGACCCACCCGUUGCCACAUAACCUGCCUAAGACCGUUCGAGAUGCCUGUCCAAUCUGA